UGGAGCUGCCAAGGAAACUUUAUCAUAUUCUGACUUUACAGCUGAUCAUUCCAGUGAGGUGAAUGUGAAGGAAGGCGACUCCUAACGAAGGUGAAACACGUCGAUAUCCCUUAGCCCUCAGUGCCUUCGGUGUCUCUGUGAUGGACGCAGAGGUGGACAUCCAGGAGGACGUGGAGGGCUCCUGGACGCUGCUGUCAUGGCUGGCCUCCUGCCUCAUGGUGUUUGGGGGGGCUCUGCCGUACGUCCCCCAGUACCAGGAGAUCCAGAAGAGCAGCAACACCGAGGGCUUUUCCACCCGGGUCUGCCUGGUGCUGCUCAUAGCCAACAUCCUGCGCAUCUUCUUCUGGAUCGGGAAGCAGUUUGAGCUCACGCUGCUCCUCCAGAGCGUGGUGAUGAUCCUCACCAUGUUCGCCAUGCUCCACCUCUGCUGCUCCGUGCAGAACACCAACCGGGUGAGCACCAAGCAGCACCGGUUGUCAGAAUUGGACCUGCGCUACUUCUGGAAGUGGAGUGCCUUCGAGGACUACCUGCUCUUCUGUUUCGGCUUCACGGUGCUGUGCGCGCUGGUCACCCUGCUGCUGCUCGACUCCGCCGUGUUCGUGGAGGCGCUGGGCUCGCUGGCCGUGAUGUUCGAGGCCAUGCUCGGCCUCCCGCAGCUGCUGCAGAACCUCCAGAACCGCUCCACGCGAGGCAUGAGUGUGAAGAUGGUGCUGCUGUGGACGGCCGGCGACGUCUUCAAGACCACCUACUUUGUGAUGAACGAGAGUCCGGCUCAGUUCUGGGUGUGCGGUUCAGUCCAGAUCCUGAUCGACGUGGCCAUCCUGCUCCAGGUCCUCUACUACGGCCAGGACACACGCACCAAGCUGGGUUAAACGCCGCGGCAUGCACGCUGGAUUUCAAGGAGUCUAAUAACAAGCCGGGGACUGUGAUGAAAAUCAGCCACAGUGCUGAUGGAAUCACCAGGGGAGAGGAAUUUUUUUUCUUUUUUUUUUUU